UCCUGUUUAGGAAGUGGGACGGGAUGACAAAUGUAUUGUUUUUUCCAUCCCAACCUCUUAUCUUUCCUCAUACACACCCCUGUUUCUACUUUAAUUCUCUGUGGUUGAGUGGCAGGCUUGGUCACACUCUCCCCUUUGUGGCACUUAUUACCUCGGUUACCUCUUCUGAAUUUUGUGUUCCGCCUCCAUCCCAGCUCCUAACUGCAAGCUUUGUAGUACUUCAGUUAUGGUCUGUGUCACAUUGGGGAGUACCUCACAACGCCGCCUGGCUCCCGAUUAUAAUGAACAUUUUCCUUUAUGAAUACUAGAAUUCGAGAGCUCUUGCAAGGCAUCAUAAAUGGCAUCAUAGACCAGGAAUCAAGGUCUCUCGCUCUAAAUACUUUUUAUGUGAGAAAUUUACAUGUUGUCAACUCUUUCCAAAAAUGAUUUGAUGUUAGGCUAAUUCUGGAUUUCUGUGUUUCUCUCCACCCACACUUCAUGAUGCACUUCUGAGAACAGAAAACCCUGUAUUACUGUUUUUGUUUCUACAGUUGGACAAUAGCUCUUUUAUGCCUUUCUUGAUUUGUGUGUCUUAUAAUAAGCUUGAUUUUUAUCUUCUUUAGCCGAUGCUUUGUGUAAGGUGGUCUUAUAAGAGACAUGGGAUAUAUAGUUAUGCUUUAGCAAAACACAAUGCAUAAUGGGUAUGGAAAUCUGAAGAAAGACAGAUUAAUUGGAAAGAUGUUUGUAUUGUUUAAAAAACAAACAAAAAACCCACCACGAGUAUAGUGCCUCUUCUAUCCUGUCAGAGAUUUCAGAGUGAAGUGUUAAUGAAUCUUGUUUUGGUGUUGGUACAUUUAAAAAAAUUCUCUGUUGAUUAUGGAACUGUCUUCUAAGAAACUUUAUGCUUUAAGACAUAGUGCUAGAUUUUAGGGGUUCAUGAAGGUGCAUGUGUUGUUCUUUCAUUGAUUUGCUGUGCAGUAUCACUAGGAUUAUCAUAAUCCUAUGUUGAUGUUGGGAAGAGAGUACCAUCAUAUUUAUUAGGGCCUGAUAAAACAGAAGACUUAAUGCCUUGAUUGUACAAGUAAUGAUGCUUAGAUGGUUUACAGAAAUAUAACAGAAAAGUUACUCCUAGCUAGCCUCACUUUAAUUCAUUUGGAACCUAGUUAGCCAUUGAAUGAAAAGUCCAGAAUUUAUUCAAACUGCUAUUAAGUCCUAGCCAGACAGUACUUCAGACAGUGAGUGGACAAAGGUGAAGACAAGCAAAAGAGGUCCUUUCUCAAGGAGUUUAUCAGAGUGGGAGGUGAGGACAGAGAUGAUAAAUCAGCAAAUCUGAUUUUGAUUGAAUGCUGGAGAAAAUGAGUGAUAGGCUAGAAUGUGUGUCUGGAAUUCAGUGGAGGGAGACCUUCUGAGGUGAUGCUUAAACAGAACUUUAAAGGAAAAGAAGCCAGCCAUGCAAAGAUGAAGGGAGCACUCUUGGAGGUUUAGGAACAGCUUGUGCAGAGACUCACUGGAAUGAACUUGGCAAGUUCUAGGGACUGGGAGAAGGGAGUGGGGGUGGGGUGUGUGUUUAGGGAGUAAAAGGUUGAAUGAAAUAGGGUCCGAAGAGUGGAGUUGGGGCUCAUAUUAGGUAGACAGAAACUGAGUAAGGAGGAGAAAAAUUGAAAUACUCCUUUUGGUUCAUUCAGCAUUCCUUCCUAGAGCAUUUAUCAUUAUUUCUGCACGUUCUUUUAGACUGUUAGAGACAAAAGCAGCUCACCCAGCUGAGAGUAGCAGAGGAGGCGCAGUGGUGGCCACUUGGGCUUUGUGUUUAGAAAUACGCAGGAUGUUCAAUUGAGGGCACACCUGUUCUAAUAAAAUAUUUUGCUGUGUAUGCAUAAUAAAUACUCUGAACGUAUGCUAGUAUCCACGUCUUCCAUCUUGGUGUAAACUCAAGGUUAAAGAACUGGGCAUGUGUUAAUAAUAUGUUGAUCGACAGAUGAUCAUCCAGAUCUGUUUUAGUCUUUUUUUUUUUUUUUUUUUUGGUUCUGUGGGCAGGCAGCAUUUGUGUUGCAAUAGUUCUGCACUUGCCUUGGCCUCCCAGUGAGUAAUAAUAUUCUACUGAGAGGUAGGUUGGUACUAAAAGUUCACUCUGGAUUACAUUAGAUAAGGACUAUUGUGGGGUCCAUUUCCACUCUGUUAUCAUCUUUGGGUUGGCAUGUAAUUCAGGGAUGUAACCUACUUUUGCCUUUAGUUGGGAGCAUUCAUCUCCAGUUUAACCUUCUCUUCCACAGAUUGUCCACUUGAGAGGCCCUGUCAGAUGCUGCUUGGAUUUGGCCCUCUUGAGCUGCAUCACAAUAGGCUAAAUGAGAAGAGUGUUUUUCUCCCCUCUCAACCUCACAAAAGUGACUGGAGCAUUCUUUGAGUGAAUCAGUCUUUUGAGCUGUGCAGUUGAGAGACGUAACUGUUGCUUAGAUGGUUUGUAGUAAGCCCAGUCUUAAAAUGUUAAAUGAAACCUUUUGUGGUUUGGUCUAGACAGUUCAGAAACAGUAGACUUGUCACUUGGUUAUGUUUUAGUUCUCUUCUACUACCUGCAGGUGGCUCCUCAGAACUAACUGGGUAAAGCUUUCUGUGCUGUCCUGGGGUAAGGGAGGAUGCAGCCUGUUUGAAUGCAAACCGCAGAUCUUAGUUUGCAGGUAAAUGACUAGUGUGAACGCUUAGGACCUGGCAUGUAUUAAACAGCUUGGCCUUGACUUUGUGUGCUAUUGCUGGGCAGACAGUGCUCUGUUUGGUGUUAAGCAGGCUACUGUCUCUCUUCAUUUCAAUGAUUUAUUACAAUGCAAGUAUGAAAAUACUACCUAGGCUGACAUUUCAUCAACCAAUUUGUAGACUGACUUUUGAAAGGGAAUAGAGAUGAGUGGGGGCUUUAGGGGUAGGGGUGUUGGGGUGUGGGGGACUUGAACAUGUGGAGAAGCCCUUAAAAACUUAUAUUGACUGCUAAUUGUAUUUGGGAAAUGAAUCUAAAUCUAAGUGAAUUUGGAGUCUUGAAGUUGAGUUGAUCUUUGACCUAAGGUGCCAGUCAGUUUGUUUCUUAGGGAUUGGGGGGCUUUGAACACGUUCUAAUUAAAGGUGAAAACCCAAGGAACCUGCUGGUGCCACUGCCCUUGGGAUUGUGGGUAGUUGUUUUUCAUUUCAGUAGCUGGUUUACAGUUAAUCUGAUUUUACUACUGUCUUGAUAUGUCCUCUGUAGUGAGGAGAGUUGAUUGUACACUGGCUGGCAGUUGUUUUGAGGUGAAGAAGUAGUAACUGAGAUCGAAACAGUGGUAAUUAUGUGGUAACUCCUGUUUCCCUAACUCUUGAUAACUUACAAUUACUUUGUGUGUCUGUUUACAGACAUUCAUACCAGUGUACCAGGAUCAGUUCUUCCUAAUGUUGGUACAGUGUACUUAGUUCUUUCCAUAACAGACCAGGUUGACUAAGUUAAUUUCUUUUAGUUCAAAUCUAGUUUCACUAGUUCUUGUUUCUAUUUUUCUGGGCAAUGGAAGGUUUUAUUUUCGGGGGGAGGGUCAAAAGGAGAUUUGAGUUGGGAUAACACCAAAUAGUGAUCAAACUGAUUCUUUGGAGUUAUGCUCUAUUAAAAAAGGGGAAAUGCCCAGUCUUUAAGAUAUAUGCAGGGGUUGGGGAUUUAGCUCAGUGGUAGAGCGCUUGCCUAGCAAGCACAAGGCCCUGGGUUCGGUUCCCAGCUCCAAAAAAAAGAAAAAAAAAGAUAUAUGCAGAUGAGACCUUAUUUAAACACUAUACAUUGGAACUUGUGGCUAAUGAAUUCUGAGUUCGGCCUUGCCUAAGUCUUUGAGUUGUGAGUUGAAUUGUUGGAUUUGGGGCCGAGAUACAGCAUAGAAACCCAGGUUGUACAGCAGUGUAAGCAUUAUUUGGUAAGCAUCAUCAUGUGUCCGUGGCCUGUCUAGUCCCUGUCCUGCCGCCUUCCCCCUCCCAUUCAACCUCAGUACCUGGUAACUGGAAAUAAUGCUGUCACUGAGACCUUUAGAUCUAGCCCAGCUCUGAUGACUGACAGAUCUCUAACGGGUGAUGACACUCUGCAGAGAGCAGGUUUCCGGGGAGCGUUUAGCAUCCUGUUGCCAUUGUUGUUCUUAACGUCUGUUAGUCUAGGAGACAGUGUGUUGGGGAGAUCUGCCCUGUUUUAGUGGUCAUGGCAUUUACUGUACUUAAAGCAGUUAAUUCUACUCAAUCUAGUAUGGGAAGAAGCAAGAAAAACUCAGACCCCUGCAAAAUAGAGUAUCUAGUGUAGCUCUGACUUGGCCUGGAACCCUGUGUAGACCAGGCUCUCCUGGAACUCAUGGGGAUCUAUCUGCCUCUACCUUCUGAGUACUGGGAUUGGAAGAAAAAGCAUGCACCACAUGGCCACCACUAUGUCCCUCCCACCUUUUGUUUUCGUUAGCUAAAAUUUGAGGAGCCCUUCUGAGGCAGGAGUAUGCUUGUGACAGAAAUGAGGACAUUUUGUUCUUUCUUACCCCAAUGCAUCCUUUCACCAACUAAUUCUUCGAGAAUCCCUUAGUGUGGCACAUAUAAUGCAGUGGUUUGAUAAUGGAAUGAGAGUACCCUAGUGUAGCAGAGAUGGAGAAUGCUUUAUAGGGAAAGCUGAAGUAUCCUCCAGAGUGUUUUCUGAAGGGACCCAAUUACAUUCAGAUAAGAGUGGGGCCUUCAGUACCCUGAGUUCUUUCAGUUUUCUGAGAUAAGGUCUUCAUUUGUAGCUAGGCUCGCCUCAAACUCAAGUUCUCCUCUCUCAUCUUCCAAAAUGAUGUUGGGAUUAUAUAGUGUCACCAUGCCUUGCUUCUCAGCUCUUUUAUGAGUAGCGGGCAUGGUUUAAUAAUAGCUGUGCAAAGUGCUGGAUUGUAUAUAGUUGCUUUCCCAAUGACCCCAAUGACCUGCUACAGCAUCUGAACAGGGAAGUCCAGUAUGCUCACAGAUAAAGCAACAGGAGUUGCAUAAGUCAUCUUUUUUAUAGUAAGUGAAUUCGGCCUCUAUUAAGCAGUUGCCUUAGCCAGGCAUACUGUCACAGUGCAAUCCCUGUACUCAGGAGGCUGAGGCAGGAUCGCUGCAAUUUGGAGUCCAGCCAGUACCAGGCCAGGUAGAACAAUAAGAUGACUCUAUUUCAAACAAAACAAAAUCAUACACAUCUGCCUUCAAGUCCCACACUUGGAGUUCUGUACUCUUAGUAUUCAACUCAGAUUGAGGCAGGAGGAUCAGGAGUUUAGGGUCAUCCUCAGCCACACAGAGCUUUGAGGGAACCCUGGGCUAUAUGAAAUCCUAACACAAAAAACCAAACAGCUUUCCAUUCCCUUUACACCUGCUUCAUAUCUAGUGGAUACUGUUUAAACAAGAGGUGGAAGUCAGGAUACCACCUGGGAGAAGAUGCUGCAACUAGCAUUGUGGGACUAGGAAACAGGAUCAGGGGUAGGAUAAUACUCUUGGUCCCUUUAAGGAGACAGUUUUACUUACUAUGAUGGCGUUUUCAGGGGUGAUAAAGUUAGAUAGUGAAUGUUCUACCCAUUUUAAAGAAUAUCUUCAUGGCUCUUGUUGAUUAAUUUUUAUUUAAAAUAACUAGUCGCUUAUUUAAUCAUUUACUCAAAACUGUUGCUGUAGAGCUUAUGCUCAUGGAAAGACGUCUACUUUGGCUUCCUAACUUAAGAAGAAGUGUAAAGGUGUUUCCAGAGACAUGGAGUGAUUCAGGUGAAGUAGAUGGAGUAGCAAGCCUUUAUGUGGCCAGCACUGUAAGUAAGGAGUAUUGUUGAAAGGGUAUAGUGGGGAAGAACUCAUCCUCAGUGUUCCAGCUGGGAAAGGCUAAUAACGACUGAGGUAGGUAAGGAAAAAGCUCAUAAAUUGCUCACUCCUGGGAAUAACAUUCACUAGGAGGGAGGGGUUAGGGGCCCGGUUGCCUUACUCUAGGGAGCAUCACUCACCAGGAGGGCAUGGGAACCGGAUCUCCAUGAGAAGACAUGUGUUCUUGCUGCAGAAGAGGAAUCCAGUGGGUGGUGAGAUUAUACCCGUCUGACACGGGCUACCUGUGGGUCCUGGAGUGGUUUUUUUCUUAAAGAUUUUUUUAUUAUCUAUAAGUACACUGUAGCUGUCUUCAGAUACACAAGAAGAGGGCAUCUGAUCUCAUGACACAUGGAUGUGAGCCACCGUGUGGUUGCUGGGAUUUGAACUGUGCUCUUAACCGCUGAGCCAUCUCUCCAGCACCCCCCAUCCCCUUUUUUUCUUUUUGUCAUUUAGGGCUUGAUGUGUUUUUUAAAAAGAUUUUUUUUGUUGUUGUUUAAGACUUGAGUUUCACAAAUCAGAAGCUAGUGAGAUGAGAAAUACAAUGUGCUUGGAUAGAGCAGGUAAAGAAGAAGACGCUAGGCGGGGCUUACUCUUACGGCAACAUUUAUUUGUGGACUCUUGAGACAAUUCCUGCCUGACUUUCUCUUGGGAACUACCACAAAUGUGAAGUAACAGACAAAGCUAGUAAAGAAAAUUGUUAUAAACUUUGUAUUUCUACAACUUCUGUGUUUUCUUUGGCAGGUUCAAAUAGGUUUUUAGGUCCCUCCCCCUCUGUGGUUCAUUUUCAUUUAUAUAUGUGUGUCUAUAUAACUGUAUUUUGUGUGUGUGCGUGUGUGUGUGUGUGUGUGUGUGUGUGUGUGUGUGUGUGUGUGUGUGUUAGGAUUAACAAGUAGCUAUGAAUACCCGAGUGUGGGUGCUAGAACUGUACUCAGGUCCUGUGGAAGAGCAGUACAUGCUUUUAACUACUGAGCCAUCUUUCAGCUUUUUUUUUUUUUUUUCUGAAACAUUUUUAUUUUAUCAGGUACUUGUGGAUUGCAAAGGCCCGGAUUUCCUAGUGCAGAGCUGGUGACAGGCAUAUAGAUUCUGUGAUUCCAUCGAGCAGUAAAGUAUCUUCUGAGCAUCGGUGAAGUUGGUUUUAAUAUGUGCAUCUGUUUCUGAGUUAUCGAUUACAUUGUUCCAACAGUUUUCUGGCAACAACUCAGUGUCCAGAAACUCAGCUCUGAUGUUGCCUGGAAUUAGCACAGAGCCCACAUGCUAGUGACUCAGUCUUACAGGAUUGCGCCACUUACAUGCUAGCUGUGGCAUUCACAAGUUAUCUUAACUUCUUGUGGACCACAAGUUCAGGGGUUCUCACAGCCUGUCAGGUUUGGUAUUAUGUUAGCACAAUUCAUAGAACUCAAGUAAUGCAUGAUACUUAGGACUUCAGUUUUGUUAUAAAGUAUGACAGCAGGAACAGUAGAUACAGUCCCGUCCUGCUUCCAAUAGCAGCCCCACGGGUCUCUUGUCAAGUGAAACCAAAUGCUGGAGAAAAUGAUUUCAGGACAUGUUUGUAUCAAGCGGAGUGGAUUCUUAAUAAAGACUUUACUGUAGACUUAAUACUUGGCAUUGAAGGAGGGAGGGCACUUAGGAAAAAGAUAAUACACACCCAAGUGUGGCCACGAAUUUCUCCAGUCUCCCUGAAGCCACUCCCUGUGAUUUGGUGCUUUGAAUUACAUAGUUGUGAAAUUUAAAAGUUAAAUAAGAAUGUUUGGUAUACUCACUCCCAGCCAAGCUAAGAGCACUUGUUGCUCUUCUGGAGGACCCAGGUGUGAUUGCUCCCACUUAACUCCAUUUCCAAGUUAUCUGAUACCUUCUUUUGGCUUCUUUGGACUCUAGACACACAUGUGCUCAUACAUGCAUUCAGACAAAACACAUCCAUGUAAAAGAAAAAAAUGGAAACAACCAUUAUAGAACAGGUUGAAAAAAACAAUCAGGGCCGGAGGAGGGGUGGCUCAGUGCUUAGAGCAGUCAGGGGUGGAGGGGUGGCUCAGUGCUUAGAGCAGUCAGAGGUGGAGGGGUGGCUCAGUGCUUAGAGCAGUCAGGGGUGGAGGGUUGGCUCAGUGCUUAGAGCAGUCAGGUGUGGAGGGUUGGCUUAGUGCUUAGAGCAGUCAGGGCUAGAGGGGUGGCUCAAUGCUUGAGAGGACUUUUGGUCCCGCAGAGAACCGGGAGUCAGUUCCCAGCACACACACAGCAGCUCACAAUUGUCUGUAAUUUCAAUUCUGGAGAUCCCAUGUCCUCUUCUGACCUCCUUAGGCACAUAUGAUAUACAAUAUACAUACUAAAAUAAAUUUUUAAAGGACCAGAGUCAAGACAUGUUUUUACUUUAAUGUGGCUUCUAAUCUAGUUUGUAAGAUAUUUAUUAUUAUUUUGGCUUUUUCAGGCAGGGUCUCUACAUAGCCCUGGCUGUCCUAGAAUUCACUAUGUAGAUCAGACUGGCCUCGAACUCACAGAGAUACUCCUGGCUACUUAUUUAUUUUGGGAGUUCUUUUCUGUAUUCCUUUAACUUUUAUUGUCUUUCUAUUUUGCCUUAAUCGGUGCUGGGAAUAGUUUGUAUAGUGCUUAUCCAACAUAUGUAAAGCCAUGAGUUGAACCUAUGCAUCCCUCGGCCUCUAAACACAGGCCGAUGCUUUGGUCUGUGUAUUUAGUUCUCUUAGGAGACUGAGGCAGGAGGAUGGCUUGAGCUCAGGUGUUGCAAACCAGCUCUGUUGAUACAUAGGGCAAAUGAGUUGGAAGUGCAGGACCUAUUGCUCUCUCUACAUGUGUGCCACCAUUUCUGGACUCACAUCCUCUGCCCCAACAAACCAAUAAACUGAUUAAAUAUCAAAAUUAAUAGUGAGAAAAGAGAUUUAUUCAAUGUAGGCACAUUGGGGGAACAGAGAUCUAUGAAACUCAUCCCCACCCACAGCCAAUUGGUCCUGAUGAUAAGGUCAACUUUAAAUAGAAGGGCAGAUAUGUGCACAGUGAUCCCUCCUCACCCUCUUCACACUCCAGUCAAAUGAAAAGCUGUAAAUCUUCCCUAGCACACGUUUCUUUUCUGCCUGAACAUUUUCCCUCUUGCUUCCCCUAGAGCUAUAGAUACCACACCCUUUAAGAUUCCUAGGGGAAUUCUAAUUUCUUGGGGUUCAGGCAGGCCAGUCACACCACCGUUCCAGCCAGUCUCUGUGCUCACCAACUUGGAAAUUCUCUGAGAAUUCUGGGGUCUCAUUGAUGUAUUGUGCUUUGGUGGUGGUAGUGGUGGUAGUGUGUGUGUGUGUGUGUGUGUGUGUGUGUGUGUGUGUGUGUGUGUGUGGUUUGUGUGUUUCCUGGCUAGUAUGGCCAGAGAUGCCACUCUGAUCUUUGAUUUAGAAUUAAGAUUUCAUUAUACAGGCGUGGUUAUUGGCUCAUUGUAGUUGAACUUUUCUUUCUCACUGCUAAUCUCUGAGACAGUAGCACUUAAAAUCAAAUUCUGUGCUUAUGUUUUCCUGGUGUGACUAGCCCCUCCCUUGAAAGCUCUGAGGCCCACCCUGAAAUCACUCUGUAAAACUCAGGUGUGGUCCAAAGUGUCUUUCCCUGUUGUAGGAUAUUUGAUCACACUGGGACCCCUGAGGUUGUGUUAUUUACUGAAAAAAAAAAAACCAAAAAAACAAACAAACAAAAAAAAAACUGUUUCAAGUUGUGGUGUGCCUCAGCCCUUAGCACACACCUUUAAUCCCUUUGGCUGGAAUAUAAACAAGCCCUUCCUACACACUCUUAAUUCCAUACAAUGUAGUUAAGGUUAGUUCGUAGGAGAAGGCAGCCAUGUUUUAAAGUGAUGUCUAAUUGAGUGGCAGACAAAGUGAUAAGUCAGAGGAAGAUUUGACAGAAUGAGUCAGAGAUAGGAUAUGCCUUACUGUCACAAGAAAAGGGGGUUACUUAAGAGAGCACCACAGAAAAGAGAGGGAAAGAGAAAGGAAAGAGGAGGUUUUACCGGGACAGUUGUACAGAGACAGAUUGCAGAGAGAGAGCAAGGUAGACACAUGUAAAGAUAGAACAAGCCAGAGACUGGGAAGGAACCAGAGGAUUAGCAUAGACUGCUAACGUUGGUCUGAGGCCAAGCAGAGCAGUUCAUCAUCACUGGGUUAAAAGCACAUGUCUAGAGCUAACACUGAUCUUAAGUCUGAACUUCACUUGCCACUUGAACUUGGAUGAGCUCUAUUUCUCUAAGCCUCAUGUCUAUAAUGUAUAGCAUGAAACUCAUUACAUAAUUGUAAGGAUUGCUAGUGCAAUUAUGACAACAUAUACUAUGUGUCAUAAAAGGGAUUAUUAUUAGUUAUCACUAGCUACAAGGCAUACAUACAUAGUUAAGCUUCUCUGGAUUGCAGUUCCCAAGAAGGGGUUCUAUCAUUCUACCUCCUUCUAUAGAGUAUAUAAAACACUGCUAGGUGCACAGUUAUCACUUGAAAAUAAAACCUGCCCUCUGGGUAUCUGGGAAAUAAAUACAUGGGUAACUCUAAUGGAAGCUUCCAGCUUGUUUCCAAAGCUGGCCUAAAAAUUAGGUAUGGAAAAUCUUCUUCCUGAAAUCCUAUAGAAAAAUGACUUUCAGCCUUCCUAACGCUGCAACCCUUAAUACAGUUCCUCAUGUUGUGGUGACCCCUCCCCUUACUCCUCACCAUAAAAUUAUUUUGUUAUUUCAAAACUAAUUUUGCUACUGUCAGGAAUAGUAGUAUAAAUAUCUGGUAUGCAGGGUAUCUAAUAUGUGACCCCUGUGGAAGGGUCAUUUGACUUCCUUAAAGGGGUUAUGAUCCAGCAGCAGUUUGAGAACUGCUGUUCAGAGCCUGUAUUGAGUCUAGCAGUGGGGACAAAGGGCUAAAAUACUGUGGGUUUAAAAUUGGGAAGCUGUUCCAAGGGACAUUUUUAUCUUUGGCCAUAUGCCUUGAAGUUUAGUGAGUUGGACAAGGCUUCUUGGGACUUUGGAUGGAAACAGGUUUGUGUCAGCCAAUCCAGAUUACCUGAGAAGAUCAGCUGCUAAGUACCAUGUUGUGCCUGUUAUUCAUAGGGGAAGUGAAAGGUCCAGAUCUCCUUCAGGCUCACUUCAGGUGAACUGAGGCCAGGUCUCCAAGACCCUGGUGUACAUAUAGUGGUUUUUUGCUAGUCUGUCCUCUGCUACUAGUUGCUGUGUCUUUGUGUAGGUCACAUGCCCUCUGUGGUUGCUGUCUUUAACUGGGAUGCACAGGAUUUAGGGAUUAUUUGCUAUUUUUCAAAAGUGUAGAUUUGGAUAUAGAUUUUUUAGUUCUUUAGUUUUUUUUUUUUUUUUUUUACAUUUAUCGUGUGUGUUUGGAAGGGGGUGGUACAUGUAUGAAGGUCUGGAGACAACUUGAGGAUGGUUGUCUCUCUUCAUUUGUCAGUUCUCCUUUGUAAUGUAUGAAAAAGUAAGCAGCACACAACACUUCUGACUACAGAGAUAACGGCGCUAAGAAUGAUCUAAUUGUUUUUCUUUUAAAAAGACAGGUGCUGUGCCACAACCCAAUAAAACCACCAAAUAAAUAAAGCCCAAUUUCUGUGGGGCAGUAGAAGGCAUAUUUUGAUAGGCUUGAAUGAAACGCACUAUAUAGAUAAACCAGCCUGGCUUCAAAUUCACAGAAAUCCACUUGCCUCUCUCUCCCAAGUCCACCACUGUGCCCAGCAGGCUGGCCAGCCUGCUUUUCUUUCUUUCUUUCUCUUUCUUCCUUCCCUUCUUUUUAACUUUUAAGAAGAGUGUCGGCUGAUAAGUGGGCAGAUAGAGGAAUAACGGUGGAUAGGAUGGCUGGCUGGUAAUUGAAUGAACAGUGCAGAGCCAUGUCUUACUUCGAGAUGUUUUGACAGAAUUGGCACUAUAGCGCAGGUCCACGUUUGUUUGUGCAGAUUUAAGCAGACUGACAAGUUUGACAGAAAUACCCAUAGGUAGGUUGGAUGGAAUUCAAAAUAAAGAUGUUGCCCAAAUCCCAAUAAGGUAUUGUGUGCAAUUUUAAAUAUCACAGAUUUUAGUAAGUGGUACCCUUAUUUUUAACUAGUGGAAAAGUGAAGACUGUAUGUUCUUCCCACGUUUAGUAGGCCCUCACUGUUGGGAUCGCUAGGUCAUUCACUCCUUUGUUGGAACUCCCUAAGGUUCCAGGAGUUCAGAACACAAGGGAAGGAGAAAAGACUUGACCAUGGAUCUGGCACCCACAUUCAAGGUAUUAGAAGUCUUGGCUCUGCCUCAUCUAAGGUGACCUGUACAUUACUUGUUGGUGGUGACUGCUUUGAAGGGACACUGUGACUUGUGCCCUAAAAUAAACUUAAGCACUGAAAAAUUUUAAACACUGUUAAAAAAUAUCUACCUUACUCAUCCUCAUAAUUCAGCAUAGAUCUUAAGAGGCAUGUAAAUACUGAUAGAAACGACAGCCCGUUAUGGGAGCUGCUAUCCACCAACCCCACUUAAACCCUCAAAUAGCAUUCAAAUUAUUUGCCUUUGGUGGCUGGUCUAUUUGCAAAUGAUCUUGUUCUUUUAAAUUCUCUGCCAUUAAUUAAUUCAUUUGCUGAGAGAGAGAGAGAGAGAGAGGGAGAGAAAGAGAGAGAGAGAGAGAGAGAGAGAGAGAGAGAGAGAGAGAAUGUGUGUGUGUGUGUGUGUGUGUGUGUGUUAUUCAUGUGCCAAGGUUGAGUAUGUUAAAGUCAAGGUUGAGUAUGUUAAAGUCAGGACAAUGUGUGGGAGUCAGUAUCUCCUUCCACUCUAUGAGGCUUGGCAGCAAGUGCUCCCAACAGAAAAUUUGCUUUCUGUUGUUGUAAUAAAGCACUGACCAAAACCAUCUUGGGGAGGAAAGGGCUUAACCUCUGCAGAAAGGAUGUUUACUGGCUUGCUACAUUACCUUUCUUACCCAGGUCAGGCCAAACUAUCCAAGAGUGGCAUCAUCCACAGCGAUCUGGACUCUCCCACAUCAGCUAGCAAUCAAGAAAAUGCCACAGGUCAAUUUGAUAAAGCCAGUUCCUCAAUUGAGAUUCCUUCUUCCAGGUUGGCUGGCUCCUCUAACUGAUGGCAUGUUGAAGUACAUGGACCAGUGGCAGCGAAGGGAUCUGAUCCAGAGUGGGCCACUCUAGAAGGCCAGGCUACAAUCACCAUGGGCCAGUGUGUCACCAAAUGCAAGAAUCCUUCAUCAACCUUGGGCAGCAAGAAUGGAGACCGGGACCCCAGCAGCAAGUCACACAGCAGGCGGGGGGCUAGCCACCGUGAGGAACAGGUGCCACCUUGUGGCAAACCAGCUGGGGAUAUUCUUGUCAAUGGGACCAAGAAAGCAGAGGCUGCCACCGAGGCCUGCCAGCUGCCAACUUCUUCUGGAGAUGCAGGGAGGGAGUCCAAGACCAAUGCUGAGGAGUCUUCCUUGCAGAGGUUGGAAGAACUGUUCAGGCGCUAUAAGGAUGAGCGGGAGGAUGCAAUUUUGGAGGAAGGCAUGGAGCGCUUUUGCAAUGACCUAUGUGUUGAUCCUACGGAGUUUCGAGUGCUGCUCUUGGCCUGGAAGUUCCAGGCUGCUACCAUGUGCAAAUUCACCAGGAAGGAGUUUUUUGACGGCUGUAAAGCAAUAAGUGCAGACAGCAUUGAUGGGAUCUGUGCACGUUUCCCUAGCCUCUUAACAGAAGCCAAACAAGAAGAUAAAUUCAAGGAUCUCUACCGGUUUACAUUUCAGUUUGGCCUGGACUCUGAAGAAGGGCAGCGGUCACUGCAUCGUGAAAUAGCCAUUGCCCUGUGGAAAUUAGUAUUUACACAGAACAAUCCUCCAGUAUUGGACCAGUGGCUAAAUUUCCUAACAGAGAACCCUUCGGGAAUCAAGGGCAUCUCCCGGGACACUUGGAACAUGUUUCUUAACUUCACUCAGGUGAUUGGCCCCGACCUCAGCAACUACAGUGAAGAUGAGGCCUGGCCGAGUCUCUUUGAUACCUUUGUGGAGUGGGAAAUGGAGAGAAGGAAAAGAGAAGUGGAAGGGAGAGGUGCACUCAGCUCAGGGCCCGAGGGCUUGUGUCCAGAAGAGCAGACUUAGCUGCUCUGUUCCAGGAGCAGCACUGAGGAUCUGCCUGCUGCCCUGCAGCCAAGUGAGGAAUUGGACCUUUCUGGAAAUUACCGAAGAUCCGGAUAUUUUCUACUUUCACCUUUCUCUGCCUUGUAUUUGAAAGGGCUCUAAAAUGCUGUAUCAUGUUUUAGGCACUUUCUUCAUUUUUUUUUUUGGGUUAUUUUGGUUAUUUCUUUUUGGGGGUGGGAAAUCCCCCCAAAAUAUUUGAACCUGGCUACAUGUUGUGUACCUUUUUUUGAAGCCUUCAGAUAGAAUAAGCCUGCCAUUUCUUGCACAACUUUAUUAGAUUUGUUUUGUUUUUGUGGGGGAGGGUGUAGACCCGGGUUGGGGAGUGGGACUGUUAGGUUGAAUUAACAUUACAAAAUGAUACAGUGCCAGAUCUCAGUUUUGCAUAUUAUUUUUCAGGGCAGGUCUGUACUGUGUGUAGUGCUGUUUACAUGGUUGAAUUUAGGUUGUAAUAAUUAUUUUAAAAGAUUUACACAGAUAUGAAUAUAGCAGUGUUAACUGUUAGCCACAUUGCAUUAAUUUCCAGACAGUUUGGAGCUCUUGGAGAGCCAAGGCCAAGGCCCGUCAGGAGCAUUUGCAGUCUUGACACCCCACCCCAUCCCUUUACGCUAAUUUAUCCAAAGCCCUAUCUCCCUCACUUCCUGCUCAUUCCUUCUCUAACCUAUAUUGCAUUUCAUGUUUAACUUAUCCAUCAACAUGCUGUACCUGUCAGUCAAGUGAGCAGUUUUGUUUUGUUCGAACACAUUGUACUGAAAACCACUUAAGCAUUGAAUGCAGAGAAAGCAGUGCUACCUCAGUUUUGCUGGAAGUAGACUUCUUUGAUAUUUUCUUUGAUGUUUUUGUAUUUUCAUGUCAUAAGUGGAAAUACUUCUUUUUCCCCCUUUUCAUUUGCCUUGGAGCCAAAGUUUCCGUUGUUGUGGGUGGUGAGAAAAGUGUGCCUGCCUGCCUGCCUGCCAGCUGACCGGACAGAAAGCUGUGGCAUGGGGCUCUGCUCCAGACUGCUUUUCUUUAGUUUUUGUUGAGUAUCACUAGCUUACUUGUCUGGCAAGUGCAGAAGCCUGAGGCUGGCCUGAACUCUGCCAAACAAAUUAUCCACGUGUAUUGAAUCAUUAAAUGUGUGCCCUCUCCCUCUUUGCUGCGCCCAUGUUGUCACUUAACCCCAGGAGUUAUUUAUUGUCUUUUGUUAGUGUCAGGCUCACCUGGGGUGACGUGAUGGCUGUUUAGGUUUACACGGCCCUCUGCUCUUUCCCUACUCCCAGACAUGUAUAUAUACAUAUAUAAGAUAUGUAUAUAUUUUACCUUAUAAAAUAUAUAUAUACACAUAUAUGUAUCUAUAUCCCUGCGUUUGUCUGCUAAAACUGGCCAUGAAAGAGGGAGCUGCCUUCAAUCUGUAGUUUAAGAAGAUGCCAGGGAGCAUCAUAAAUGGAGGCUGUUGUAUAUUAAUUUAGAUUUUUUUCACUAAAAAGAACAUGAAUGAAUUUGCUCGCAGGAAGGAGGAACCAGUUCUCUAGACCCCAUGCUCACUCUACAAGACCAGCUUUGGUCAAGCUGCCCCUGGGGCCUGAAGAGCUGACUAUCUCCUGCCUGUUCCAUUAGAGGACCAUCUUGAUAAUUUCCCCUUAAAAAUAUCCUCAAAAAUGUACUGGAAGGUGGGUGGCAGGAGCUUGUACAGUUCAGCUUCCAACAUUUCGGAACAGAUUUAAAAGGGAAUCUUUUAAUAAAUAAAAGCUACAAAAAUAUUUAUACUCUUGAUACAAUGAAAAAGUGUCUAUUAAAUAUUUGGAAUUUUCUUCCUUGAUUAGUCUGCCCCAAAUCCUGGGUAUGUUUCUCAACCUGGGUAAGAAUUGCAUGCUUUGAGUUCUUCAUGAGUCUUAUAGCUCUGGGCACUUAUCUCUAUAAAGAUGAUUAUUUUAGGAGAUGACAGUCAUAUUUCCUGAAGUUGGUAUUGACACAGGGAACAUUUUUGUAAGCCUCACAAUUGUCCUUUCUUGAGGGAUGAGAUGAUGAAAAUCAGCCACAGACUUAAGAUAGUGCUGGAAGGCACAAGUGGCUAUUGGGCCAGAUGUACCCCUUUCUUCUAGCUGAAAUAAGAGACAUCCUUGAGUUAGAAUCUAGGAGCCCAGCAGUUUCUGAGGGCACAGCUACAUACCUUUGGAUAAAAGCUCACCAAACCAGUUAGUUGUUCCUAAUUCAGGAUUAGAAGAAGUCCAAUGAGGGAAAAAGCGGAGUUAGGUAAGUAAGACUUUCUGUCCCAGAUAAGAAAGGGUGGGUGUAUGGCGGGGAAGUGCCAAGAGAGGGAGUCUGCCAAGGGCCCCAUGGACUCAAGGAACUAGAUUCCUUCCCAACUGGGUAGAUUUUUUUUUAACUGCCCAGUUUCUCCAACCCCAAUGCCUGCACCCCAACCCCCAGCCAUUUAGAAAUUGUGAUUAUAUUUUUAAUCAUCUGUUGCUGAGAAAGCAGAGAAAGGAACAGUCAGGGAGGGACUCUGGGUUCUCUGUGCAGUAGUUUUGUUUUACUGAGAGACUCUCAGUGAGGUGUACAGUUUGUAGUUAACACUUCUGGGAUACAGAAAAGCCUCUGUUCACUCAGCCUCAGACAGGCUUGCUGAGAACUGGGUGGAUGAGCAGUGGCUGGGAGCCAAAUUGCCCCUCAGGUAAGCUAGCUUUGUGACUUGGGUGAUGGGUGAUGUGGGGAGGUGCGAUAUGUGGGUGCCAUUUUGAAAUUCUGCAAUGUUUAAGCAUUACUACACAGAAUAUGUUGAAAAUUGCUUACUUUGGGCAAGUGACUUUUUGAGUUUCUAUGGUAUUUCUUUAGUAACUUAUUAGCAAGCUGGUAUGAGAUAAAAAGUUACUUUACUGAAUUCUUUCCCCUAGUCUUCCUUGCCAUACUUGAAUGUAUCAUUCUUAAUGACACUUUGCUGUACUUCUGGGGGUUGCCUCAGCAACUCUCUCUUCACUGGCAGAUGUGCCAACAUGUAUGUUGGGUCCAGAAGUCUGUAUGUACCCAUCUUAUAAAGAAGUCUCCAGAGCUGGCUGAAAUUCCAAAUUUCAGCCAAAGCUUUGGGCCAAGGGAAAGAUAGUAGAAAAUGUGCAAAGCAGUACUGUUCAUGUUAGAUGGAUGGAUACAGUGAAGAAUUAAGCCUCACACAGAAUUAGCUUGAAACAGUACUGUCACCUAGGGUCUGGUCUCUAGGCUAGAUCAGGUUAUGGGACCCUAUAAAUUAUGUAAUUAGACUAUACAUUGGUGGGAAGUUGCUAAGAUAAAGACUUGCUCAAAAGACUAACAGCAAAAGAUGUGUGUAUUGAAAUGUAUAGUUUGCUGUAGUUCAAGUGGAGUCUUCAGUGCAGCAGGUAGACCUAGUUAUACAGUUAUGUAUGGAAUGGAAAGCAAACUACUGUUAAACGGUUUUUGUCUCUCCCCUGCCACCUUCUUUAGAUUUCUUAAUCUCCUGUGUGUGUCAGGAUGGCUAGUGAUGACCUGAACAUCUAUAACUGACAAAGGUCUACUUGGGGGACUAAAGCAGUAUUUAGCUUAAAUAUGUGAAAGAACAAAAUUAUCAAAAGAUGUUGAUUAGGAUUAUUUAAGGUCAUGUGACAUUGAUCUUUUCUUCUACGUCAUGGUUCUUGCCACACUCCUAUUCUGAGUUUAUUUUUUUGGUAAGCUGUAGUUGUAGCCCAUAACAGUUUGACCUGGCCUAGGACUACAUGCUGGGGAUGCUCAUCAGGACCUCCCCCCCCCCCCUUUUUUUUUUUUCAAAGAAGGAUGCUUGAGCAUUGGGCACAGAUGCUGAGGUGGUUUGACUAGCUGAAGUUCUGAUUCGGGUGUUGGGGCAUCAUAUUCUGUUUCUCUUGGGAACCCAGCCUGCUCUCAUAGAUACCUACUUCUAUCACAUACCCUGAGCAUUGCCAAAAGAAGCCAUUCAGCAGCUGCUGUUUUUCUCUCAGCACAAAUAUAUUUGCUACAGAAGAACUAUCUUUUCUCUAAUACUAAUUCCCCGUCCAGUCCUCAGAAUCUGAUUAACUGUUCUUCCCUGCUGCACUGAAUAUGUUCGAGAUUUUAAAGAGGGAAUUUGAAGCAAUAGGCAAACAGGGCUUGGUUGAAUUGGUCUUGCAUAUAUCCUGUCUUAAGCCAAUGAGGUGAUGAGUCCACUGCUCAUGUGACCCUGCACCUUUGUGGAUCCUUCUUGGUUUGUGACCAGUGUACGUUUCUUGAGGUUGUACAAACUUGACAAAAGUUAAUACUUUUGUAUUCUCUGCACUGUUGCACUCUUCAAAUAGCCCCCUGAAUAUUACCUUGAUAUACACAUUUUUGUCUUUGAUGUCUACAGUAUUUUUCUUUUUUUUUUAAAUUUGAAGGUUAUCUGCUGUUGGAUUCAAUAAAUUUGUUUACCUAA